AUGAGUUGUUUUUCUGUUCAGAAACAUGUCAAUUAUGGAGAGGUGAUUUUAAUAGUUGGAGAUUGUCACAAGAUAUAAUGGAAUGUGUAGAAUGGAAUUUAAAUGCAAUGGAAUUAAGAUGAUAUCUGGACUGUCACACUGGACUCCUGUUGUUUACCUAUGAAUUAUCGUUAUGUAGUUGUUAAGUAAGACAGCAGACAGAUAGUUCAAUGGGAAGAUGGAAUCAACAGAGUGUUCAAUUCUCAUCAAGAUGUUCAGGAUGUUUGGGGUCAUCUUCGUAUUACUCUAAAACUCAUGAAUUACCCUGAUUCCAACAUAACUCUCAAUCUCUACACUCAAACAGGAAGACACAAGAUUCCGCUCAACAGAAUUGAGGGUGAAUGCACACAAACUUUUCAGAUCCCGAAUAAAUCUAUUCAUUAAUUGGCUUAUAAAUACCAAUCCAAUGAAAAGUGGGAAAGAGGGGGUGUGCGAAUGAUCCAAUCCCAUCCAAUUAUCAACAAUGUCAUGCAUGUAACUGACUCAAGUGUAGAUUUCAACCUGAAUUAUAAUCGCGUUUUUGAAAACUUAUACGUUGGUUCAUUUAUUUAUAUAGAUGAAAUCCGCAUUCUAUAAGAUUUGGGUGUAAAUGCCAUACUCAACUUACAGACUGUUGAAGAUCUAAUCAACAAGGAUUUGCCAGAAGAUUAUUUUGAUUAACUUCAUUGUCAAAGCCAAUCUCUUGGUAUCAUCUAUUUGCAAUGUCCAAUUAAGGAUUGUAAUAAGAGAUCCUAUCUCUAAAAUGGAGGCGAUGCCUAUUAGAUCCUCAGGAAACUGCUGGAUCAAGGCAAAUGCGUGUAUGUCCAUUGCACUGAUGGGAUUCAAAGGAGUGUUCAAACCAUUAUACUCUACAUGGUUUAGGAUUUGAAUUACACUCUAGAGUAGGCCAUCGAAUUAGUUCAAGUCAUUAGACCAAGAUCGAAACCUAUUCGUGAAGUACUAUAAAAAGUCUUAAAUCUUUGAUAUCCAAAUUUUAUGUAAUC